AUACACACACAUACAUACACACACACACACACACAUACACACACACACCCUUCACACGCGUGCGCGGGGCCCCCUCUCUGAGCUCAAAAGCUGGAAAAUUUACGCAGCUCUUGGAGCGUCUUUCGAGGGAGGAAAAAGUUGAGGAAGACACAAGAGGACGAACCAAGGGGAGACCUCGGAUGAAGGCGCCUCCUUCGCUCCUUCUUCUUCUCCUCACGCCGUAAACACAUGGUUAUUUAUGCGCAUAAAUGAAACAAACCUAAAGGUAGCGCUGAGCCUCUUUUUGGACACGGCGUGGGAGCGCACGCACGCACGCAGCGCUCAUAUCGGACACAAACUCCUCUCAUACUGGACCUCGAGCUUGUUGAAACAGUUUUCUUUUUUAUUACCACUAUUAUUAUUAUUUCCCCCCUCCCGCUGACAACAACAACUACUGCUGCUGGUGUGAACGAGUUUUGAUCGGUUGGAAUUUACCUCUUCACUUUCCAAUAAGACGCUGGGAAAAUCGAUCCCCAACCCGGUGUGUCCCCCCGAACUGAAGCACUUCCUCGGGCUGCUGUGAUGGAGUCCCAUUGUCGCAAACUGGCCACUACCUGCGCACAAAUCGAAAAAGAAAAGAUCCAAAACAAAAACGACGACUCAUCAGACGACCCCUCCAAAAAGAAGAGGCAGCGGCGGCAGAGGACGCACUUCACCAGCCAGCAGCUGCAGGAGCUGGAGGCCACUUUCCAGAGGAACCGCUACCCGGACAUGAGCACCAGGGAGGAGAUCGCCGUGUGGACCAACCUCACAGAGGCCAGAGUCAGGGUUUGGUUCAAAAACCGACGAGCCAAGUGGAGGAAAAGGGAGCGGAACCAGCAAGCCGAGCUGUGCAAGAACGGCUUCGGGCCGCAGUUCAACGGACUCAUGCAGCCCUACGAAGACAUGUACCCGAGCUACACGUACAACAACUGGGCGGCCAAGGGCCUCACGUCCGCCUCGCUGUCCACCAAGAGCUUCCCCUUCUUCAACUCCAUGAACGUCAACCCGCUGUCCUCGCAGGCCAUGUUCUCCCCGCCCAACUCCAUCUCCUCCAUGACCUCCGGCAUGGUUCCCUCCGCGGUGACGGGCGUCCCGGGCUCCGGCCUCAACAGCCUCAACAACCUGAACAACCUCAGCAACCCGUCCCUCAACUCCGGCGUGCCCACGCCGGCGUGCCCGUACGCGCCCCCGACCCCCCCUUACGUGUACAGGGACACUUGCAACUCCAGCCUGGCCAGCCUGAGACUCAAAGCCAAGCAGCACUCCAGUUUUGGAUACGCCAGCGUGCAGAAUCCGGCCGGCAACCUGAGCGCGUGUCAGUACGCGGUGGACAGACCGGUGUAAACGCUCUGCCGUGCACUGCAAAAAAUAACCAUCCAAGCAAAGGUGUUUUGCAGACUAGGAAAAAAAAAAUGGCUUCAUUUUUUUUCCUCUCUGAAAGGACUGACACAAAACCCCCCACCCCCGACCCGACCGGUGAGAUCCUUUUUAAAGUUUUUCCACGCGUUUUUCGGGAAACUUUAAUGGCAUUUUCUUGAUCUAUACUGUGUAUGGGAGAGUAUUAGGGGCCAUGCAGGAGAAAAAAUAUUUGAGAGGGCAAGUUU